AUGAAAUACCCAACCAUUCUCUUGUUGCUGGCAUCUCUUGUGAUUGCUAGUUUUAUUCUCUCCGUUUCCGUAGAGGCUGGUCGUGGUGGAAGUCGUGGUGGUGGAGGCUCACGAAGAUCUUCAUCAUCCUCGGGUGCCAGAAGAAGCAGUUCUGCCGCUCGUCGUUCAUCCUCCGCUCCUCGAAGCAGACCAACUGGAGGAUCAAGACCUUCAUCUGGCCGAAGAAGUGGAGGUGUCAAGAGAGCCUCUACGAACCAAAGAAGAAGAGGAGGUGUUGUAGGAAGACCCUCUCCAAAACGCCAAGUACAACAACAACAACGAGGAGGAAAGAGAAGAGCUGCUGUUGGCAAUAAGAGAGGAGGAAAGAGAGGAGCGGUCGGAAAGCCAAAGGGAAAGCAAGGCUUGGCUGCUGGAAAGAAGAAUGGUUUGAAGGACAAGAAGGAAAUGCCUCAAGAGGCUGGUGGAGAACAACCACAACCAGAACAACAACCAGAGCAACAACCACAAGCCGAACAACCUUUUGGAGGUGAACAAUCACCACAAGCAGAGCAACCACCACAACAACAACCUAGUAUCGAGCAAACUCAACCACAAGGUGGAGAGCAACAACCACAAGCAACAUCUCAACCACAACCAGCCAAUGAAAUUCAACAACAACAACAACAAGGAGGUGCUUCUGCUUAUGAACCACAACAACAACAAACAACAUAUUCACAACAAAAGAGAAGAGUUGUUUCACAAAAGCGUUCUGGCUCUCCAUCUGCUGGUGGCACCUAUGUGAGAUCCUACAGAAGAGGUGGAAGAAGAGGAAUCUAUUUGAAGGUGAAUGUAAAUGUUAACAAAGCUCAAUAA